AUGUCGUCUUCAUAUCCAAAUAACAUCCCCCCUCAGAACUUUCUGACUGUUCAACAACCUCAAUUCACUUCUCCAAACUAUCAGGCUCCUGCUCCAAACUCUCCUGCUUUCAUUCCUGCUCAAGUUUCUCCAUAUCCCCCUCAAGCUUCUCUAUAUCCCCCUCAAGCUUCUCCAUAUCCCCCUCAAGCUUCCCCAUAUCCCCCCCAAGCUUUUCCAUAUCCCCCCCAAGCUUCGCCAUAUCCCCCCCAAGCUUCUCCAUAUCCCCCCCAAGCUCAAGCUUAUCCACCACCACAACAACAACCACUUAACCAGUAUCCUGCAUAUCAACAACCCCAAUAUCCUCCUGUUGUUCAAAAUAAUAAUCAGAAUCCCGCCGAGCGUCCCAAAUCUCCUUAUCGUCACGUAACUGAUAGAAUAGUCCGCUUUGAAGUUCCAACAGUCUCUUCAGAUAUUCCUCCACAACAGCAACAACAGCAACUGCAACAGCCACAACCACAACCACAACAACAACCUCAACAACAACAACAACAACAACAACAACAACAACAACAACAACAACAACAACAGCCCUACCCGCCUGUACAAGUUGAACCUCUCUCUAAUUUCUACUCUAAAUGGACCUUAGAUUUCCCUACCUCAGUAGACUUAAUUAAAAAUCCACAAGAAUAUUACCGAAAAUUGCAUCAACUGCAGCAGGUCCAUCAGCUUCAAGAACAACAAGCCGUCUACGGUUACAUUAAUCACCUGGUCCAGCACCCUUUUGAUCACAACCAGCAACAAACCAAAAAACAUAAUUCUCCAAGACCAUUUUUCCACGAUUACCACUUUAAUCCAGACGCCUUCCAAUCAUUUACUCCUCAGGAACAUAGAAAACUAAUGUAUUACGUCCAAACUAUUACAUUUCAAUCCAAGUCCAAACGCAGUGGCAAAUUGGACGGCCCUGUUCGUGAAUAUAUUCUAUUGCGUCCUCUGCGAGGGGCUAGCAAGUCUCCAGCAUCUACUGGUAUUCUUUUACAGUUUGUCGAUCAAGGGUUUGGCAAGGUUGCAAUUGAAACACAACCAGACUACGACCCCAAGCUUUCUAACGAUUACCGAGGCUAUAGAAACAUUGGUGUUAUUAAGAACAUUGAAUACUUUCUAGAUAUUGCAUGUUUCCUACCAGUUCCUCUGGAAUCUGACUCUUCAUCAGGUGCCAGCGGGUCUUCAGCUGUUGAUCUUUCAGCUGGUACUAUUCCAGUGGCCUCAUUCCGUGCAUGGAGUUCCAUGUUGUUUAUGGAAGCUGUUCGUCGCAAUGUCCUGAUACUUGUGGCUCAAUCAUCAACAAAUUAA